AUGGGCCGGCGGCUUCGGGCGGGGAAGAGGCGCGCAGUGGACGAGCGCCGGUGGCAGCAAGGUAAAGAGGAUCCCUCACCCACCUGCGCUCAUUGUCCUGCCGCGUCCCCAGGUCUGCGUCCCUCACCGCAGGAGCAAGUGUCAAGGAGGGGCGGGCCUAUGCUCCAGGCAGCUGCUGGCGGGGCUGGUGUGGGGCCCCCGGAGCGGCCCAGCACCGAAGCCCAGGCGCUGGGUUAUAAAAGCCGGGCCAAGCCGCGCCCAGACCGGGACCCGGCGCUCGUAAUGGCCUCGGGCGCACGUUCCCGCCUCAGCCGGCGGCCUCGGAGGAGGCUGUCGCUUGACUCGGCGGGCUUCCUGGACGAGCGCCGGCUGGGCCGCCUGAGCCUGGCCCUGGGCCGCGAGGCGCGCCUGUAGCGGGGCGUCCACCCCCAGGUGGAGUUGGGGGACACUUUCCAGGAAGUCGAGUUGCUGCGCCUGUGGCUGGAGAACAUCUUUCACUUCUCCUAGGCCACUUUUAUCCUGACUCUCACUGUCUGCCGCCUUCUGGUUUCAGUAAAGAUAAAAGAGAGGUUACUCCACAUUGUCACAAUCACUUCCUGGAGACUUGCUGCAAAGGUUAAGGAAGAAGGGGAGUUAAUUCCACGCAUAAAAGACUUCAUGAAGCACUAUGGCUCUGGCUAUACCCCGAAUGAGUUGCUAAGGAUGGAGCUGGCUAUUUUGGACAAACUGCACUGGGACCUCUAUAUUGGGAAGCCGCUGGACUUCUUGACCAUAUUCCAUGCCCUGGUGGCCGUGGGCUGGCCCCACGUGGUGGAGCUGCUGCCUCAGAGGAAUCCUUCCCUCCACGUCGCGUCCCUGACCAAGCAGCUGCAACACUGUAUGGCAGGCCACCAACUGCUGCAGUUCAAGGGCUCCACACUGGCCUUGGUCAUCAUCACCUUAGAGUUGGAGAGGCUCAUGCCCGACUGGUAUGCUCCUAUAUCUGAUCUGCUAAAGAAAGCACAGCUUAGUAUUGAGCAGUUGGUAUACUGCAGGCUACUGGUAAAGAAGCAGCUGAGAAGCUUUUAGUGCUCCUCCUGCACAGACAACUUUCUCUUUUACCUGCCAGCCUGUACCCCUGCCCCAGUGCCCUGCAGAGUGUCAUAGCAACCUCUCCUUGCUUGGCCUCCUCUAAAUUCUAGGCUUUAUGGAUCUUGUAACAAGAAAGGAAGAAAGCCCUAGAAGAACUGAGAAAAAAUUCCUGGGUCUUUCGAAGAAAAUAAGGAGGGGGAGGGAGG